GAACGAGACGGAGAAGAUUCCGGAGAUUGGGAAGUCGAACCCUCCCAGUUGGUGGCCGGCCUCACUGGUGCGGCCUUGGCCUACUGGGCCUGGAACAGGAUGCGUUCACAGGCGUUGGCCAAUCAGAGCCCUGAGGUGACACUGGCCCCGACCCGAAUAGCUUUGUCCGAGUUUCUGCAGCUCUUGCGCUCCAAUGCCGUCACCGCUGUGAGCUACUUGGCGGAUCGUCCUCCAGCCGGUGCGCUGCUGUUGAAAGCGGUGAGCACGGCAGGUGUGGCCUUAGAUUCUGCUGCCACGGUGCC